AUGGGGAGCCAGAAUUUUCCGGCGAACCUUCUUCCAGACGAGGCGAGCCCCGAGUGGAUGAACAAGGGGGACAACGCGUGGCAGCUGGCAGCGGCCGCGCUCGUGGGCCUCCAGAGUGUGCCGGGCCUCGUGAUCCUCUACGGCGGCAUCGUGAAGAAGAAAUGGGCCGUGAACUCGGCAUUCAUGGCCCUAUACGCCUUCGCGGCCGUCCUCGUCUGCUGGGCCGGCUGGGCCUACCGCAUGUCGUUUGGGGACCGGAUGACCCCUUUUUUGGGGUAUCCAGCCCCAGCUCUCGACGAGGACUAUCUCAUGGGCAGGGCUUUCUUGGGCUCGUUUCCCAACGCGACGAUGGUGAUGUUCCAGUUCGUUUUCGCGGGAAUUACGCUGGUGCUUGUGGCCGGGGCUUUGUUGGGGAGGAUGAACUUUUACGCGUGGAUGAUUUUUGUGCCUUUGUGGCUCACGUUUUCGUACACGGUGAGCGCGUUUAGCAUGUGGAAUCCGAACGGUUGGCUGGCGAAAAUGGGUGUGAUCGACUUCGCCGGAGGGUACGUUAUACACGUGGCGUCGGGGGUCGCCGGAUUCACGGCCGCUUAUUGGGUGGGCCCAAGGUCGACAAAGGACCGCGAAGCUUUCUCCCCGAACAACAUCAUGUCGAUGUUGACGGGCGCAGGUUUGGUGUGGAUGGGUUGGACCGGUUUCAACGGCGGUGCACCAUUUGCUGCCAACCGAUCAGCCGCCUUAGCUAUCCUCAACACCCAUAUAUGCACUGCCACUAGCCUGCUGACAUGGCUCGCUCUCGACAUAAUGGUCUUUAAAAAACCGACCGUGUUUGGAGUCACGCAAGGGAUCAUAACCGGCCUCGUCUGCAUUACCCCUGCAGCAGGCGUAGUGCAAGGAUGGGCCGCAAUAAUCAUGGGCGUGCUAGCGGGCUCCGUGCCGUGGUUCACGAUGACGAUCCUCCAAAAAAAGCUCUCGAUCCUCCGGAAGGUCGACGACACGCUAGGCGUGCUCCACACACGCGGUCUCGGGGAUAUUGGGGGGGAUACUCACAGGCCUCCUGGCGGAGCCCAAGUUGGCCCGACUCUUCUACCUGGUCGACGACUGGCAACAUUAUAUUGGGCUUUUUUACGGGCUCCACUCGGGCAGGGCCCAAGCAGGGGCCCGACAGUUGGGGACGAGAUUAUGGAGAAAGGAGACGAGUCGGUUCAUGGGGAAGAGGCGUACUCGUUGUUUGGAGAUGAGGGCUAUAAGAACUUCAAUGCUUAA